AUGUCUGACAAAGCAAGUUGCUCUAAUGUGAGAGCCCUUGAAUUGGAUGAAGACAAUCCCAUGAAUGAUGCUGAUGCUGAUGCUCCUGAAAACCGUCAAGAUGAAACCAGAGCAUUUGUGAUGCUCUUAGUACUUAGUUUCGGUGUGGGACUCGUGGGAGUGUCUUCAGCGGUCGAUGUGUGCCCUGACAGGUUCUAG